UGCCCUGGGGCGGGGGCUCGGGCCCUGAGGACCGGACCUUUGAGUGACAACGCGCGUACAUAGUCGUGUCGCUCCUCCUGUCCUCCGGGGGCGGCUCGCCGCGCUCCGCCUGCCUGAAACUGUCACUCGACCCGGGUUGGAGUCGCGCAUGACUGUUGGGGGCUCUCCGCACGCCGUGGGUCCCUACCUGCCCCGCCUGCGCCACCUUUCCCCCCGUUUCUUCCGGGGUGGCUCUGCCCCGUUUCCUUGGGGUUGGUGAUGGAGAUGAUGUACAUGCUUGGUGUUUAGCACGUCAGGCACUUGAGACACGGAAAGGGAAAGACAGCCUCUGCCUCCAGGAAUUCACAGUCUCGUGGGAGAGACAGUUGUAAUGCAGUGUGAAGAGCUGCUUCGUACAGAUGUGUUAGCUGAUGAAUUGCAUAUGCCAGCUCUUCCCGAAAUGAUGUUUGGAGACAACGUUUUAAGAAUCCAGCACGGUUCUGGCUUUGGGAUUGAGUUCAAUGCUACAGAUGCGUUAAGAUGUGUGAACAACUACCAAGGAAUGCUUAAAGUAGCCUGCGCUGAAGAGUGGAGGGAAGGCAGGACGGAGGGCGAACACUCCAAGGAAGUUGUUAAGCCGUACGACUGGACCUAUACAACUGACUAUAAGGGCACGUUACUCGGGGAAUCACUCAAAUUAAAGGUUGUACCUACAACAGACCACAUAGACACAGAGAAACUGAAAGCCAGAGAACAGAUUAAGUUUUUUGAAGAAGUGCUCCUAUUUGAAGAUGAGCUUCAUGAUCAUGGCGUUUCCAGCCUGAGCGUGAAAAUUAGAGUAAUGCCGUCUAGCUUUUUCUUGCUGUUGCGGUUUUUCUUGAGAAUUGAUGGAGUGCUUAUCAGAAUGAAUGACACGAGACUUUACCACGAGGCUGACAAGACCUACAUGUUACGAGAAUAUACAUCACGAGAGAGCAAAAUUGCUAAUUUAAUGCAUGUUUCACCUUCCCUGUUCACGGAACCUAAUGAAAUAUCACAGCAUUUACCGAUAAAGGAGGCAGUUUAUGAGAAGCUAAUAUUUCCAGAAAAAAUUGAUCAUAACCCCACAGACUCACAAGAAAAUACACCUGUGGAAUAGAAUGUGAUGUACCAUAUACUCACCGUGGAAUCUGACUGGAGACCUUGGCUAUUUGGACGGGGAUAUUUUUAUUAUGAGAAUUAAUUGCCUUGUCUAUGUGCAGAUUUUCUGUAGCCUUAAAGGAAAAACAAUAAAAGGUUGUUGCAGGUAGGUUCCAUUCAACGGCUGUUUGUGCUGUCUACCUUCAUGGAAAUUCAUAUUCCAAAUUUAUAUUUCCUAGAGUUAGAUUUGGAUUUCUAAAUUGUCACAAAGUGAGAUGUCCCCAGUAGGGAUCUGUGUGUGUCUUAUGAGCAGUGGGCAUAAUCUGCGUCCAUCAUGAAACACUUUUCUCCCGUGAGGAGGUUCAUUGUCAUCUCUGAACCUCCCGUGACCUUCAUGGGGUUGCUGACCGUGCACAUUGA